UUGUGACAAACCAGAAGUCUCACUGCUGGCUGUAGAGUUAUUUGGAAAGUCAGCUGAUGUUUUCAACCUGAAGGCAAACAAAAAACGAAAUGACCUGAGAUACGACAACUUGACGAUUGUCAAACACACCAGCUAAAGGACAUGACUAUAACGAUGCGAGAAAUAAUAGCACACUUCCAGUAGUUUUCGUUCUCAGCGCUAACUACCUAGCUAAGCUAACUUAGCCAGACGCUAGAGAAGCCAGUUUGUCAGCUUUCAUCCUGGGGAACAGCAUGUUUUGAGUAGGACCCGUAACCGAAUUCGAUGUGACAUAUUACAAUUUUCCGUUUUUAUACGCUGACUCGUAGCUGGGCUUCCAUCAUUUAAACACGUAAUGUGGCUACAGCAGAGACUAAAGGGGCUACCAGGCUUGUUAUCAAGCAGCUGGGCGAGAAGACUCCUGAUAGGACUGCUGCUCUUCCUCAUCUUCUACUGGUACCUGGGAGCAGAGCGCGGAUGGAGGUUCUUCAGCGGCUCGGUCAUGCCCGGUGGAGCCGCGGGACAAUGCCUACUGGCUGAAAUCCACAGGUGGAAGUCUCUCGUAGACCGAGGAGAGGGGAUAUACAGUACACCGCAGGAACAACUGGAUACACCUUUCGUAUCGGGCAACGGCCAUAUUCUUCUUGACAUUGACUCUAACAAACUGUGGGUAGCGUCGUCUUCACAGCCCGGCUCGGCUCCGGUCCACCAGACGGAAUACUCGCCGAGAGUCGGUGUCCAUCUCGAGGGGAAGCGUGCCGAGGUUCAGGCUACCAUGCUGUGGUUCCGGAAAGGAGCCGUGCUGUCGGUCCGCUGUGCUUCACCAGCCGCCCUGCAGUCAGCCCGGGACUGUGUCACCAUCAGAGAGGAGUUCAUCGCGCACAGAAGCAGACCUAACGUCUAUCUGCAGCGAAUCCACAUCAGCAACCCGUCUGACAAGUCCGCGUCAUUGGACGUCUCCUAUGAUAACCCCGCCUUUGGUAGCAAGUUCACCAGCAGUGUGGAGAAACUGGAGGACAGAGAGAUAGUUCUCUCCUCUGGCAGAGUGCUUGUGGAGAAUAACCGGAUGGUGCUGGUGGUGGUGGUCUCCAAGAAGGUGAACAGCAGGCUCCAGGUUCCAGCUAAAUUAGAGUACACAGACAACAUCCUGUCAGUGGUGUGGACCUCAGAGCCCAUCGAGCCCUCCAAGCUGGAGGAGACCUUCACCACCCUCAGAGAUGGAGCCAAACGGGAGCUGGGGGAGCUGCUGAGGGCAAAUGUGGAGGAGUUGGUUGUAGAUCACCAGCAGGCCUGGAUGGACCUCUUCAUUUCAGGUGUUGAAAUGAGGAAAAUCACAGACUCCCACACGCCAUCGAGCCGCACGGUGAACACCACCCUCUACUACAUCUUGUCCUCCUCCAUGGCUCCGCUGCUGGAUCGAAGGCUGGGCAGCGAGGAGCGUGUCCGCCUCGAGUCCAGCCUCAAGUACGCAGACCACUGCUUCAGCGGCCACGCCACCAUGCACGCAGAGAACCUGUGGCCCGAGCGGGUGAGCAGUGCAGCUCAGAUCCUGCAGCUGGUCACGCUGUGGACUCUGACCCUGCAGAAGAGAGGCUGCAAGGUGCUGGUGGCGGCCGGAGCCCAUGGCGCCAUGCAGGGCAUGGUGCUCAGCUUCGGCGGCCUUCAGUUCACCGAGAACCACCUUCAGUUCCAGGCUGACCCGGACGUGCUGCACAACAGCUAUGCCCUGAGAGGGAUCCACUACAACCAGGACCUCAUUAACCUGGCAGUGCUGCUGGAUGGGGAGGGAAAGCCUUUUCUCCACGUGUCCGUGAAGCCGCCACAGGAGAAGCCGGUGAAGCUGUACGCCUGCGAGGCCGGCUGCCUCAACGAGCCCGUGGAGCUGACGUCCGAGAUCAAAGGCCACACCUUCCCUGUGAUGGUGACGCAGCCCAUCACGCCGCUCCUGUACAUCUCCACAGACCUGCGCCACCUGCAAGAUCUCCGCCACACCCUGCACCUCAAGUCCAUCCUGGCCCACGAGGAGCACAUGGCCAACAGGUACCCAGGCCUGCCCUUCCUCUUCUGGUUCAGCGUGGCAUCGCUCAUAACACUCUUCCACCUGUUCCUCUUUAAGCUCAUCUACAACGAGUACUGUGGCCCCGGAGCUAAGCCCCUCUUCAGGAGCAAGGUCGCCCACAAAAGUGAGGAUGGCUGCUGUGACACCAGGAAUGCUGCUUGAGCGCUACAGUGCUAUGCACACAUUCAACAUGUGGGCAGCAUGGGAGCUGUUAACAUAGGCUUCUGUUUCUGUUUCUUUCUGCUGCUUGUUGAUACUGCAGGAUAAGUGAUGAUAAGGGAGACACAUAUGAGAGCUGACAAGGAAAGAGAGAGAACAACCAACAGGACAGAUACUCUCUCCUGACGCCUGCUGUGGAGUGGUACCACCCACAGACCUGCUGAGAGGAUGUCUGUCACUUUAAAACCAUUAAUGUCACUAUCAAUUAAUCUACUCAAUUAUUGUUGGUUUGUCUUAAAAUGUUAGACAAUCAUCAGAAAAGCCCGUCCCAAGGCUACAAAGGUGAUUUAAAUGUUUGGAUAUUUGGUUCAUUCAAGACAAACACAUUCACAUUUAAGAAGCUUUAUCUAGUGAAUGUUUUGCAUUUUUGUUUGCAAAAAAAAAGUUCAAAACAAUUAUCUGAAAUGUAAAAGAUCAUAAAAAAGCUGAUUAAUUAAACAGCAUUUUAAGGAAGCAUUUAAACAUCAAGAUGCUUCCAACAUGUGGCAGAAUUUCCUAUUGAACUAGAAAUGACUCGACCACAGGGAAGUUUUUUUCUGUUAAACCAGUGAAACUGGUUCUCCAUCAAUGUAUCACUGCACACAUAUAACCUGUCAGACUCAAGUUUACCUCUAGUUCUAGCAGAACUAGAGGUAUCGUAUCAUUCCACACAUUAUUCCGUCUUGUCGAAAACGGGGGCCUUCAAUUCCCACAAUGCAACUUUACCACUGACAGUUUAGGGAUGUGGACGUGUGUUGCGAGUGGAGCCUCUACCCUGCAGCAGGUUCCAGAGGUCUGGUGAGAUCACUGCUCUCACUCCACAUCUCCACAUCUCUCUUAUUUUCACACUUGUAGUCUUCAGUCUGACUGAAGUGACUCCACUUGAGGACAUUUAUCAGACUUCACACAGCUCCCUCUGGAGACACUAAAGGCUCUAUGGUAUUGUUUUCACAUAUGCAGCAUCACCGCCCAACACCUGGCAACACGGAGCGCUGUUUAACUGAGCUUGGCCAAAGUUAUUCAGGAUAAGCUUACAGAUGCACUGCCUGAUUUUGUUUCAGGACCCCCAUAUCCCCAAUAAUUCAAACUCAACUGUAACCUACGUUUUCAUUUAAUAUUUCAAUUUUAUC